UGUCUAAUCUCGUUGCCAUUGUAGUUGUUGUUAGCUCUUUCGACAACGACAACAGUAGCACUUUAUGGCAGCGAUGAAGGUUCGUAGUAGGAGGCGCGACGUCGUUUCAUGGAGCAACUUCUUUUGGUGCACUGUCUUCAUUGUCACCUCUUUCUUCACUUUCUCUGCAGUUCGCCUCUUCUUCGCAGAUAAAUAUCAUCCAGUUCUUGGGUCCACGAGGCAAAAUUCGAUCUUGGAAGUUAUGAAGGACGUAACUCCAGUUUCUCCGGCCGUCUCGAUACAAGAAACGGUUAUGCUUCCAGAUCAGGUACUUGUUUACCUAAAAUACCCUCCGUCGGCUCGGUUAUUUGCCAAAGAGGACUUCCGCUGCGUUUAUUCGUCGACCAACUCAUCCUGGCCGAAUCUCAUCAAGCAACCGCCUAUUCAAAUAGACGGCGAGGAUUUUGAGAACCAGAUAGUACGGUGUUCUAUCCCCCCGCGUGGCUUUAUAUUAUCCCUUGAUUUAAAUCCACAUGGGAUUAUCCCAAUCGUUCACAUUCAAUGGUGGGACGCACUUGCUUACGAAGCUUUAAUCGACCGUGAUAAUUCCACGGUUGUUUUUGUUAAGGGACUUAAUCUACGGCCAGAAAGAAUGUCCAAUGCAUCAAAAUUCGAGUGUGUGUACGGCUGGGAUUUUAGUAACACAAAGUUUCUGUUAAGAUCAGAACUAUUGUCAAUCGGCCAGGAGAUCGGACGGUGUAAGACACCUUUAAGUGUCUUGAACGGCCCCCAAAGAGGAGAUAAUUCUGUCAAAGUAUCAAUUAGGAUCAAAGGUAAAGGUAUAUAUCGCACAAUAGCCCGCCCGAUUCGCCGGUUGGAUCGUAACCCGCCCGCCCGAAAGCAGCACCAAAUGUGCAUAUGCACCAUGUUGAGAAAUCAGGCAAAGUUUAUGAAGGAAUGGGUGAUGUACCACGCAGAAAUCGGAGUCCAACGGUGGUUCAUUUACGACAACAACAGUGAAGAUGAAAUUGAGAUGGUAAUCAAGUCAUUAUCUGAUUCAAACUAUAACAUUACUAGACACGUUUGGCCAUGGAUCAAGACACAAGAGGCCGGGUUCGCCCACUGCGCAUUACGGGCGCGGGAGUUGUGUGAUUGGGUCGGGUUUAUCGACGUGGAUGAAUUCUUUCACUUGCCGUCGGGAUUAACGCUAUACGACGUCGUGGGAAAUUACUCCGCGGAUAGUAAAAUCGCGGAGCUACGUGUUUCCUGUUAUAGUUUCGGACCAUCGGGGCUCAAGCACGUGCCGGCUGAGGGAGUGAUGGUGGGUUACACGUGCAGAAUGGUUGCCUCGGAGAGGCACAAGAGUAUAGUUAAACCAGAGGCGUUGAACUCUUCGUUGAUCAAUGUGGUGCACCAUUUUCAUCUGAGAAGUGGGUUUGGUUACGUGAAUGUGGAUAGAGGAACGUUGAUAAUUAAUCACUAUAAGUAUCAAGUGUGGGAAGUGUUUAAAGAGAAGUUUUACAGGAGAGUGGCGACUUAUGUAGUUGAUUGGCAGGAUACUCAUAAUGUGGGGUCAAAGGAUCGGGCACCGGGGUUGGGGACGAGAGCGGUGGAGCCGGAGGAUUGGUCGAGGCGGUUCUGUGAGGUGAAUGACAGUGGGCUGAGGGAGCGAGUGUUGGAAAGUUUUGUGAACCCGCAGACACAGCUUUUGCCAUGGCAAGAGGAGAAAGGAGAGGAAUUAAUUAGAAUUGUAGUUGACAAGAAAAGGAGGCAUGGGAUUUUGUCAUGA